UUGAUACACCACAAGUGCGCGAGCGUUUGCGGUCAGAACACAUGUGCGAUUGCGUAAGCAAAAACUACAUACAUUUAACAACAACAAAUAAUACCACAAAAAUAUCCUCGAUUCAAAUGCGUCGUUAAUCCGUCUGCUUGUUAAUAAAUAACAUUACGCGGAUAUUCGAUAAUAAUUAUUCACGCACCUCUACAAUUAGAGUUGAUUUCUGUACAGCCAGGUUUGUCAACGCAACUACAGUCAAAGCCAUCAACUAGUUUCUAAAGUCAGAAAGAAGGUCCAGGCCAGUCUAGACAGUGAAGUGUCGACCGAAGUAUCUACUCCCGGACACACACAGUCGGACAUUCAAAAUAAAGUCGUUGUUUACAUUUUUUGUUUGUCGACUUCGACCACACGAUACACUUCUCUUCUUUUGUGUGCGCGACAGUUUGUGGUUUGUGUAGCACACACAUUUAAUAAUGGAUCCACAAAUUCUAGCUAUUACGGAUUAUCAAGGAAAUGAAUUGAAGGAAAAUGACGUUAAAGAGCGACUACAAGCCCUAAAAGUACGAAUUAAAGAUGACCACGAUAUCAACAACGAAAUGCGGCAAGAUGAUGAUUAUUUAUUGAGAUAUCUGCAUUUUAGUGAUUUUAAUAUCCAACAAGCACAUUUACAAUUUAAAAAAUUUUACAAACUGCUAACAAAUGAUGCAAAAUGGUUUGGAUAUGCAACUCCAAAAGCACAUCAAGAUCAACUUCAAAAGAAUAUGCGUUUGUUGUUGGAUACAAGAGAUAGAGACGGGCGCUUGAUCCUUAUUGCUAAAAUGGGUAACAUAAAUCCUUCUCAAAGUUCUUUGAACGAUGUUCUAAAAUUGGACGACAUCAUGAUGGAACUAGGCUGGGAUGAUCCAAUAACACUACGCAAAGGAUUCUGCGGUAUACUAGACGUAAAAGACAUGGGCUUCCGGUUGAUGCAGUGGGCAACUCCUAAAAACCUAAUAUUUGCUGUGAAGAAAUUAGAAGCCAUGCCAGUGAAAGAUUUGAAAAUUCAUUGCGUCAAUAAAUCACGCUAUCUGAGUACGAUGAUGACCAUCACUUGGCCAUUUUUGCCUGCUAAGUUCAAGGAAAAUAUUUAUUUCCAUGAGGAUAAAUGGGAAUCACUUCAUAAGUACAUCGACCCGGCGUCGUUACCAACGGAAUAUGGCGGCACAAACACGAAGUCCUACGAUGAAUACAUCAAGGACGUAUUGGACAAAGAUAACCAGUUGGUCGAAACUACAAAAUAUAUUAAGUUCUUUGUUAAAGACGCCAAGUGAUACAGGAAGUAAAUUAAUAAGAUUAAUAAUUUGUAUUGAAUUCCAAUAUUGUUUAAAAUAGAAAUUGUUGCAUAUUAAA